AUGUUUGGCAGGUCAAAGCAGAACAACAAGGGGGAGAAGGCUCGUAACACCUCGCAAGGAAUUAGUUGGGAAAUUCCUCAUUCCAUCUUGUUUGGCAUCAUUUUUGCCCUCGCUGUGGCCGAGUUGUGCUUCACAAUCGACGCCUUUGUUUACCUCCAGGAACUGAACAAAUGGUGGUCCUCGACCGAGAGAGCCCGUAUGGGGUUCCUCAUAUUCAGCUGUGCUAGAACUAUAUUCCUUUCUGGAGUGUAUACUGUCGCACAUUGUCACAGGAUGAAGAAUCUGAUGAAUACUAUGCACACGAUCUUCCUAGUUAUCUCAACAAUUCUUUGGAUCGUCUCCGGCGUUUUGAUCCACCAGAUCUGGGGCUAUGUCGAGUGCGCAAACGCUGGCAUCCCGGACAACUUGACCGAGUUCAAGAGCCAGGUCUCGGGCGGGUUGAGCCUGUGCCACGAGAUCAAGAUCAUUGAGAUCAUUGCCUGGGUCAUCGCCGCCGUCAGUGUUCUGGCUACAAUUCCGGUGGUCAAGACUUACAUGGAGAGGAGGAGAUCUAGGCUUCAGGACAAGAAGAAUAGAGCCAAUCGCAAGAGGUCGUCGGUCUAA